GAAUGAUGACCGCCGCCGCCAUUUUCCUUGUUGUAGGCGCCUCAAAUGUCAUAAUAAUUUCAGAAAUUUAAUUUUAUUUCAUUUCUUAUGUUAUUUUCCAUGGUUAAUUAACGUCUUCAACUAUAUUUUAGUGUCGUUGCGUUUUCCUUGAGCUGCGCGCCUUCUCGGAGUUCACCUUCAAAGUAUUCUGUAACAUCGUAAUUUCAAGGAUCCGCGAUCUUGGUGUUCUACAAUGAAAUGUGGGGAUCCUCUUCAUAAAAGGUAGCGAGCGUGAGUUACGCCCACGGAGGGACUUGUUGGGUGUAGUGCGACCUAAACGGUGUGGUUUUCUUUGUUAGGAAUGGGUAGUGAAGUGUAGUGGAGUGCGGUGAAUGGACAAUGAGCGACUCGCCAGGAGUGGAAUGGCUGCCGGCGUACAGCCCGGGCCCGCCGCGGCACAGCCCGCUGGGGCCCAUCCCGCGCUUCCUGUUCGAGGGCGUGCAGCCCCUGGGGCUGCAGGAGAACAACAACAAGGAGGCAGACCAGAAGGAGAACGCGAUCAAGAUCAAACACGCCAAACCCGCCUACAGUUACGCCAGCAUGAUCCGCCUAGCAAUCAGCAGCUCUCCCAACGGCAAGAUGACCCUCAACGAGAUCUACACAUACAUCUGCAAUGCCUUCCCUUACUACAGGGAAGCUGGCAAGGGAUGGAUGAACUCAAUCAGGCACAACCUGUCAUUGAACAAAUGCUUCAUGAAAGUGGCUCGCAGCAAAGACGACCCGGGCAAAGGAUCAUAUUGGGCUAUGGAUAGUAGUUACAAGUUAUCCGAAGUAACUCCGCGGCGACGGAGGUCGCUACGGAUGGCGCCGUACAGCCCCGAGUGCAGCAGCAACAGCAGCGGGGAGGCGGCGGGUGUGGGGGCGGGGACGGGGACGCUGGCGCCCGACGCGGCGCCCACGCCCCCCGCCACGCCCACCGACCCCGCGCCCGCGCCCGCGCCCGCGCUUGCCCCAGCCCCCGCGCCCGACCCGGCCCGGCUGCAGGGCGCCGCGCCCGAGGCGCACGGCACAGGCACAGAAUCGAAUCAUACAGACGACGCAUUGACGGCACUUAUGAAUGAGGAGCUAAUAUCAGAUGUGGACAUUAGUGAAGAGCGGUCGUGGUGCUCCGGCGGACGGCGCCACGUGUGCGCGACGCAGCUCACCUCCCUCACGGACGACUACGGCAACUUCGUCGUGUCCCACCACUGCGACUGCCCACCCGACGACCCCCUGCCCGCGACCCCCCACACGCCCCACACACCCCACAGCCCGCUCUACUGGCCUAGUGACUUAUAACACUCCGUGUGCUGAACCUGAAACUACUCAGGUGGGAAAUGAUCCUUUAUUGUGGGGCUCUUUGAACACUUGGCGCUAUCAUAUUAUUGGACGUGAGUUUGUCUCGCGAACAUUACAGAUACUGAAUAUACAGUUCGAUUGGCCAAUUAACUGGACUAUCAUCCAGUUCUUGUACCGAUUAUACACUAACAUGAGUUAGAAAAAGUGAAAAAGAUGUACAAGUGUACAUUUAUAAGAUAGGAUAGCGCCCUGUUCGUAACAGUAGUUGCAUGUACGUAACUAAAAUACUUGUGAAAAUGCAAGUGUUGCCAACUGAUUACAAUACUAAUUAUGCGAUGUUUUUAUAUUGUCCAUAAUGAUAAUUGAUAACUAACAGACAGUGAAUAAUUACUAAUAUACACUGUUUUUUUACUGUUGUAAUUCUCAAUGUGUUUUUACCACAAGAGAUACGAAAGUAAGUUUGGCUCAAAUAUUCGUUUUGGCCACUUAUUUAACAUUUUACUUAAUACUUAAAUGAUAAGUCAUUUUCAAUCUAAGUAUUAUUUAUACUAAAAUAUGAUCUUUUUCUAUAUUGUACUGACAUUCUCGAGGGUUAGUUUCAAAGUUUCAACCUUAAUUUCCGGCCUUGUACCCCGACUGGUUGUAAAAAUAUAAACCUUAUAAAGCUAUGAUUUAUAAUUUAAUAUUUUCUUGUAAAUAAGGAGCUACUUAUAUUUGAGACAAACCUGCUUAUUCAGUUAUUGGCUUGAUUAAAAUAUUUGUUGAUCAAAUAUAUGCCAGUAACAUUUGGAAAUGUAUUUUAUUCGAUUUAAAGAUGUUAGCGUGAAUACAUGUUAACAUCAACGCGAUUGCCAGUAGUAUAGGAAUCACGUUGUUGACUGACGCACCGUAGACCUUAUUGUGAAGUACAGAAGGUUCAGUGGUGGUCAGUUGAGAGUGGGUGUAGUAAUACGUUCGGCCACGGACUCGGAGCGUGGUCGUGAGUGUUUGAUGCCCGACACUUGUUGCUAGAGUUCAGUUAACCGUCACUAUAUGGUCGUGUCAUAACUACAUACACAUUAUUAAGUAAAGAAACUAUUACAACUAUUAUUAUUUUAAAAUAUCCCCUUAAAUCUGCCUAACAUGUCAUUUAAAAGAGUAUUGUAUUGUUGUACGGUCAAGGAAUUUAAUUUCUUUGCAACUUCAUAUAAUGUCAUAGUGAUUAAUAUGACAGCCCCUAGUGAGCUCAUAUUAUUAUCAUAGUGAUUAUUAUGACAGCCGCUAGUGAUCUCAUAUUAUUAUCAUAGUGAUUAUUAUGACAGCCGCUAGUGAUCUCAUAUUAUUAUCAUAGUGAUUAUUAUGACAGCCGCUAGUGAUCUCAUAUUAUUAUCAAUGUGACAAGGUACAAGUGGCACAGAAAUUAAAUUUCUUACUCGUAUCUCUUGGGCGAAACAUUACGGUAACGGUUUAGACUUUGGGAUAAUAUUUUAGUUAAUAAUUUGUACUUUUUGAGACGCUAUGUAUGAUGGUAAUCUUAACAAAUAGUGUUCGAUUAUAAUUUUGUAAAGGAAUUAUAUCAGGGCGCGAUUCAGAUGAGUUCCAGUAUUAUUACCCCUAAAUAUACUUAGGGGAUACAUACACUGACAUAUUUGAAAGAGACUGAAUAAAAGGAAAAUGGCUCAUAACUUGAAAAAAAUCAGUUUAUAGGAGUCUCUGACUACACAGGUACACACACUAACUGCUUCUUUUUGGGGGUUCAAUAUUAAAUAUUUAAUCGUACACUCAUCUUCGAAUCGCGCCAGUAACAUAGAUAUUUUUCAGUAAUUUACAAAUGUUAUUUUAAAUAUAAUAUAUGCCACAUAAUAAUCUAUCGACAUCACCAACAUAUCUGCCAAUUAUUGAUAUGAUAGUUGUACCUUAGUGUAGUUACCUCCCUAGCUGUAUAGACUGUUGUACGUUUUGUAUGAUAUGUCAAUGGACCAUAGAGCAGGAUAGAGAUACUCGGGUCACGAUAUUGGUGUCAUGUCACGAGCAGUGCAUUAGUUACAUACUAAAAAGUUGUUAAUAGUAGAAGUGACAGCUUAAGUAAUGUUGCUGUUAUGGAUGGUAUAGAAAGGAUGCCAAUCUCUUAUGGCAGAAUUGUUGCAAAAGUGACCGCUUUCAGCUUUAAAUAAUAGUUCCUAAUCUCUCCUGUGGCGCUAGUUAGGCUCUGGGACAUGAGUAUAACAUGAACCAACAAAUAACCCGACCAAAUUACGUAGGUUGUUUUUGGUAGUAUUUCGGUGUACGGUGGCGCCGCCUAAUUACUGUUUUUUGAUGGACACUUUUCAUACAUAGAGAUUUGGCUCCUUUAUAUAGUCUCCAUGGUUGCUGUAUAGCCAAGGGGCAACCAGAGUGGGACAUAAUGUAAGGACAUUAUGGGCAUGGAGACUAUAUAAACGAGCCAAAUCUCUAUGUAUGAAAAGUGUCCAUCAAAAAACAAUAAUUAGGCGGCGCCACUAUACACCGAAAUACUACCAAAAACAACCUACGUAAUUUGGUCGGGUUAUUUGUUGCCUUAUAUGGUUCAUGUUAUACUCAUGUCCCAGAGCCUAACUAGCGCCACCGGAGAGAUUAGGAACUAUUAUUUAAAGCUGAAAGCGGUCACUUUUGCAACAAUUCUGCCAUAAGAGAUUGGCAUCCUUUCUAUACCAUUCAUAAUUAUGGGGUAACUCUGGUUGUCAAAAGCUGGCGUUUCAUUUUCGUUAUAGAACAUAAAAUGGCCCACUUUAAAAUAUUGCCACCUGGCUCAGCUGUCAAACUUGAAGAUAAUUUUUUUUGUUAGACAUUACACCCCUUCUACUAUCAAUAUUUUUUUAGGUUUAACCUAUCAAAACUUGUGUAUAAAGCUCAGCGUGUAGGAGACAGUGCAAUGCGUGGCAUAUUGUUGUGAGUAGUAGUGUAAUACCGUAUUCCACACACUUAACUAAUCAUUUUAUACCGUAUAAGAUUUACUAUUGGUCAGUUAAGUGUGUUGAUAAUAUCUACAUGAUACCGAAUAAAUUAUUGAUUGUUGAAAAGGUAUAUAAAGUCUAAGGGAAAAUCGUGCCGAGGACAUAAUUAUGGUAACUGAUUCAAACGUCAACCGUCAACAUUUGACCACUAGUUACCACCAUACGUCGCACUACACCGGGCAUAUUGCGGGCAUGUCACUUCGUAAGGUUCACAAAUCAAUUUUCCAGUUGUCAGAAUAAAGUAUUUGUACUUAGUAUUUGGUACCUAGUAUUUGUAAUGUGCAAAUCCAAAUCCCUUAGCAACUAAGGCUGUACUUUAGUUAGGUAUCUAUUAGUUUAUAUCUUAUAUCCCUUCAAUUUUAAAUAAAAAAGACUGAAUAAUAUGAACGACAGUCAUAAUGACGCAUGUCAGCUGUUUAUUUGUUUUUUAGAUGGCCACUUAAAUGGGCUUAUUAGUUGUCACUUCAAAGAGUGCACAUUAAAGAUUAAUAUAUGAUAACAGGUAACUAUGUUACAAAUACAAGUACAUGUACUCGUAAGUUAAGAUGUUUUUUUGUAAACCUUACCAAAUGACUUGCCCGCAUAAUGCCCGCUGUAGUGCGACGUAUGGUUACCACAUACUCGUAGUGUACGAGGCCGUGCAGCGCCAUCUACAAUUCGAGGCACGAACUUUUCUCAGAGUUUACAUCUUUUCUAUAAUUAAUAACUGUAUGACGAUACUGUGGAGUGUGGAGGCGAAGCAACAGUAUUGGAGCCAGAGUGCUGCGAUCAGAUCUCAGAGUGACCAGUAUAUUCUAAUAAAUAUAUUAGUUAUUUUAAUAUUAUAUACACGAGUAAUCAUUAUUUUAUGCAUAAUACUAACCGCCUCAGGUUUACUUGUCGAUACGAGGUAGUACGUAAAAAUAUGAAUUAGUUGGUACGAAUUUAUUAUUUAAUAAAAAAUCAAAUAUGGAUAAAGUAAAAAUGUAUGUAAUAUUCAUGUCGCACUUAUAUACGUAAAUGCUUAAUAGAUAAUCGCGUAAAUGGGGCCUAUUGGUAAAUAUACGAUAUAUAUAAAUAUAAAUAUAGGUAUAGGUCAGUACCCGCUUGUCCGAGUUUAUUUUGGGGAUGUAAAUUAUGUAUAGUAUAGUUAGCUGCUGUAAAAUAUAAUUUCAAAACAUACCUAAUACAUAAAUGAAUAAAACUUUAUGAUAAACAUAUUCAUACAGGGUGUUUUUAAGUCUGGUCAUACCAAGCUGGCUGAAUGACUUACUGUUCAAUCACAAUACAUCAGGGGUGGUCGCAGUGAUACAUGGGCUUUGGAGCCUUAUAUAGCCCCUAACACAAAGAAGACACUUACUGUUCAACACCAAAAUAAAAAUAAAAACAUUUUCCAUCAUCAAUCACAAUCAUUCACCUUUCAUAUGUGUGUGGUAGUCAAAAAUCGUGGGUGCGAACCUCGGUUGUGCUGUAUAUAGAGUAGAAAAAAUCGUUCUCGAAAAAAAUGCUUAAAAAUGACUAAACGUUCAGUCAUGGACAGAUCAAUUGUUGGUUGGCAGAGCCUAUAUCGGACAAAGCAAUCAGUGUUUACCACUUUAUUGACCUCUCCCUUGAGUAGGGAACUAUGAUAGCACCCAUGAGGCUGACAUGUUCACCUAGAGUGUCCAAAGCCUCCAUAAAAACCAGAUAAAAAAAAAAAAAAAAACCAGUCAUGAUCCUUAAGUACGAUUCCCACCGAACGGGCGGAGUCGGCGUCACGGCGCGCAUUUGACAUUGUACAACCGCAAGCCGGUCGGCUCCUCGCGGACGCGACCGGAUCCGGGCGGACUCCAUCGCUUCUGCCAUAUACAUAAUGUAUAGUCACAUUAAAAAUGUCGGUGAGAAUCAUACAUUAGCAUACACGGACAAGAGGCUAUGAAACAGCAAUUAAUUUUUCGUUAUUUAAGGUUAGCCCCAUUAUAACAUUCGGUUAGUAUGCCAGAUCUUGAAAAAUAGGUACCCUGUAUAAAUAUGUGUAUAAACGUUUCGACAUUACAUUUAAAGAUCCUUUGAAAUUGUAUUUUGUUCAGCUAACGAUUAGUAUCGUUCGUGCCAUAGCCGCGGCGGCACUCGGCGUCCCAUAUCUUAUUGAAAAUGUGUUCACAAUUUUUUAGAUACUAUACAAUCAUAAACAUAGUUGUAUGUACAUAGUUAUUUAACGCGGGAUUAUUUGUGUUAGUUAAGGUAAUAUUAACGUCGCUCUAGGCCGGGACGACAAAUCUGUAUAUUUUGUCAUUGCGCUAGUGCAGUUCGCGUGGAAAUAUGUGAUGAUUUCAGACAAAAAAUAACUAUCUUUCAGUUGUCAAUAAAGGUCAUAUCAUUAUUGAUUAUGUGUACAUUUUGGCUGAGAACGACACAUCUGAAUGAAAUUGAAAACAUAAUUUCGUGUUAAGACUUACUGUUGUAUUUGGUAGAUCCGCUUUAAGCGCUGUCUCGCGAACUGAGGAGUUGCUAGUUGAGGUUGAAUUUCAUCUUUUUGACCGUUGCAGAUAUUGUAAUUGUAAUUUUCAAGUGUAAUUUUAUUGACUAAAAUAAAUGAACAAACAGCAUAUUUCUGCUGCGGUCGAGAAGAUGAAAUUGGUUUAUAAAUUAUUUUAUAUGUAAUAAUGAUCACAAAUAUAAAAGCCAGUGUAUCCAGUGUUAAGUAGGUUGGCUGUUUUGUACAAGCUGUACGGUCGAUCUCACAAACAACUUUACAAACCAACGUUCCAAUAAUAUAUUUAUACGACAUUAUUGUCAGUGUGUUAGAAGAGUGCAAUAAGAAAUUACGAACUAGUGUGAAUUGAAGCCCGAAGCCGAAACACACGAGCUCGUAAUUCCUGUACCGCCCGUGGCACAAUUUCUGCCUAAUUUCGUGCGUACAUUACAGUCCUAGGUUGAAAUUUAGGAUUUACGGCCCGCAUCGCCUACGUGUAUUAACUUAUGAGCAAGUGUGAUGAAACAAUGUUUUCCCCUCACUAGCUCGGAAAGCCGUCUAUUAUCCUUUAAAACAAGCGGGGAAAAACGCAUUUUAUCCACUAGUGGGGAAAGUAAUUUGACCUUGGAUGGAGCGUGUUUAAGUAGCUUGACAGAUAACAAAACGUAAAACGCUCAUGAUAAUGGUUCGUUCGAUAUUAAUUAUCAU